AUGACGUUGAAAGCAAUUGUAUUCCUUUCACGCAGUUUGAAAGUCACCCCGCAGGAGUUCAAAGACUACUACGAAAACCACCACCUGCCGCUGGCGAAGGAGAUCGCCGGCAGCUCCUUCCCCACCCUCCACCAGCGCUGGUACCUCGUCCGGAACCCCCAGGAUCCCGCCUCCACCGAUCCAUCGAACACCAACUACCUCGCCAAGGUGUAUGCGGGGCAAGCGGACGAUUUCCCAUGGGAUGUGUGCGUGGAGAUGAUCUUCGAAGAUAUGCAGCACUGGGGAGCCUUUCAGGCUCGGCUGGCUGAACAGGGGGACCGGGUUGCGGAGGAUGAGAAGAAGUUUAUGGAUCGCAGCAAGGUCUAUGUGGCCGAGAUUGAAGGGCCAUUUGUGUCGACACCUUGA